GUGUGUGUGUGUGUGUGUGUCACUGUGUUUGGUGCGUGCAUGUGUGCGUGGUUGCGGGUUAAUGUGGAGUUAUGAAUACCCAUGGGCUUGCAGUGAUGGUAUUGACUGCAGAAGAGAUGAUGGGCAGCAUUCAGUGGUACCUUGUACUAGCACUGAUGAUCUCCGUGCAUGGAACAUAGGACAUGCACAUGUAUGUGAGUGUGAGUGUCAGCAGACUGACAGACUGAGGAGUGAAGUAUGGUUUGAAUGAUGUGAACUGAUACAUUAUUGCCAGUCGAUCGGAUCCCUGUUCUGAAUGCUUCAACUCGCUGUCUCAUCAGACAUCAUCAUAACGUCCAGUACGGCAGUAGCUGACUGCAGACCUGGUGUAGACGAAUGCAGUGUACGAGUACUGUUAUAGAUGGAUGAAUAUGAAUGACAUUCUACAAGCAUCAGCCCUGAACUCAGCCUCUGCAGCAUGCUAGCAGGCCUUGUUGCGAUAGUUGUACAACUGAAUGACUCACGCAUCCGACUCAAGAACGUGUAGUUACAUCCCUGCUACUAUACCUCCAGCAGAUCUCGUACUCGUAGAUCUACGUCUAACACGUAUAUCGUGCAUGCAGACACCACCAACCGCACAUCGGUUUCAUGUACAUCACUAUCACUAUUGCACUGACAUCAGUGGUCCCAAACGGGGGGGCGGUUGGUCUAUUGAGGAGGGACGACUUAACGCCUCAUUCAACCCUGUGUACGUUCUCGCGUUUCGUCCCAUUGCUCGGUGUCUAUAGGGCCAUUGAGUUUACUUGUGAUGCUCUCCUUAGUGGGAAACCGAUCUCGCUAGAUGUACAUAGUCAUUGCAGUCAGCUGACUAGACCGCAUGUCUGUACGUGGAUAAUGUGUAACAGACAAGUGCGACAGUGACCUGUACUGUGUACGUGGUUGCCACCUCGUCUGCACGGUGUGACGGGUCGUUUCUUCCAUGUGUAACGUGUAAAGCCUUCACGUCUGAGGGUGCAGGUACUUGGGUGAAUUGUGUGCGGGAAAGGUGCUGGAGAGGCGGGCAUUUGACGACUCAGUGAAAGCAAGAAUGAAGUGAGCUAGCUGCCUGCAGUCGGAGAAGAACGCUGCCCGAAAGGACAGUACGUCGUGUUCGUUAGUAAGUAAGUUAGCUACCCACUUCUCCGGGCUAGCUACGCGUAGAGCUACAAGCAUUAUACAGUCAUUGAAGCAGUGAAGGUCACAGCUACUGCUACUACUGGUGCUCUGCAGUGCCGCUGACCCACUGUUACUGCUGCUGUCGUGCUGAGCUCGACGCGCGUUUCCAUUCUGCUCAAGAGGGCACUUGCAAUCCGCGUGUAGUUUUCGUACCUCGUGAUCCAUUCGUUGGCGCCAAAGCAUAACUGUUGGGGCAGGCGAUUAGCACAGCACGGCAGAAAGUGAAAGCUAGUAGUUGCGCUUUUAGUUGAUAUUAUCUAUCAUUGGAAAGGAGUCUAUUAAAGCUCAGUGGAGCAGGUAGUGUUUGCGCGAAUCAAUCGCGUUGACUUGAUACCACAAACCUCUGGAUUCUAGUCUGGCGGCUUCGGAUCGGAAAGAAGUGGACCAACGCUGUUUGCUCCUGUAAUCUGUGGUUGAGUGGAGUGGUGUCGCAGUUCACGACGCAUGAAAGCAGCUGGUGUGGAUGUCACUAGUAUCAGACACAGUCCAAGCUCUGAAGCUGACAAGUUACAGAACAUUGAGAAGUGCCUUCAGGCGGUGAAGGAAUCGGGCAUUGCCGUGCCCGACACCACAGCCAAAGAAAUUAUCCAAGGCAAAGCUGAAAAGCUCAUCGAGGUGUUCACCGCUAUGUCGAAAGUGUCUACGGAGCACCAGCGUCGCGUUAUAGCCAGCCCAGCGGCGUCCGCUCUGCCUACGCCGUCCAAGAUGCCCUCGAGCCCAGUCACCGGUCUCAAACAACGCAUACCGGUGGCAGCGUCGACAACGCAGGCACGAUCGCCGCAGCUCGGCUCCAAGCUGCCCGCCGGGAAAUCACCACUCCCGGCACCGGCUGCCGUGCAAAGCCCGACAACCGCAGAAACGAGUGCAUCAAAGCUGCCGCAGCCGGGCUUGCCACAGCCAAAGCAGACCAAGCUGACGAUUCCGUCACGAAAGGUGCGCUCGUUCUCGCAGGUCAAUAAUCACCAUCAUGUUCAAGCACAGCAGCAACAGCAGCAACACCAGCCCCAGCAGCAGCAGCAGCAGCAUCGUCAAGCUGGUACUGAAGCAGACGUGUCCGCCAGCACGGACAGCAGCCCGGAGAAAGCCGAAACAACACGCCGACCACCCGUGGCCGUUCCAGCGAGGACGAGUAGCAACGCCGUAUUCUCACCAGCCAACAUUUCCACGGCCAGCACAGCAGCAGCCGCCGCUUCACAAGCAGAUACACAAGAGGUCGGCUCAAAACUGAAACCCACUGGUGCCAGCUCGUCACAGCUUCGCAAGCCGAGUUCCGCAAUCGGAAAGCCGGCGCAGAGCAAUCCCACACAGGUACAACAGCAGCUGCAGCAACCGGCUGCUAUACCGACGCUGAAGAAGAUGUCGCCCAGGCCGUCUCCAAAAUCCUCGCCUCAGCACCAGAUGGUGAUCCGGUCGUACUCGGAGGAGCCAAUCAGUCCUGGCCGUCAACGCAAAGCAAACGGUGAUGCAACAACGGCACAGCAGGAUGCCGCCACUGGAGCAUCAGAUCGUGCAGCAGCCGGUAGUGUUGCAACGUCAAAACCACCUCCCCCUGCCAGUGGCCUGAAAAAGCCAGGGUCACGCACGAGUGCCGCUGGUGAAAAGGUGCAUCGCACACAGUCCUGCAGCACAGCCGGUCUCACCUCGCCAUCCAGCAACGACGAGCGCCCCCUGACGAGAGCAGAACUCGGCGAGAACUCCCCAAAGCUUGUCCGACCUGGGCCUAGAAGCACUGUACCCAUCUUGGCCUGCACCAAUAACAGUGCUUUGAGAAAACCAACUGUUGUUCAUACGUCGGAUUCGGACAGCAGCCCCAGUCACAAGCGGACGUUCAACAUACGCGCCCUGCCACCUCCAGCAAGCAAGAAGUCUAGCCCACCGCCGCACACAGAUGCCGGUGCCAAGCACUCAACCACGGCGGACUCUCCUGAUCUGAUCGCCUCGGAGCGACCUCAUGACGCCGCUGACGGGAAAUCCAACUCAUCAUCCGACUCCGAAGGCAAGCCAUCGAGCAGCAAACGAGACACGGCCAUGGCGGCUACCCUCUUGGAUAGAGUGAGCCACAUCGAUGCAUCCAGUGCAACACCGAGCAACAGCAACAUCCGUCAACAUGCUACCGUUGAAGAUGUUUCCCAGUCAGCCAGCAUGUCGUUCAGUUCUGCGCAUGUACCGGACACUGCACCUACCUCUCAUGACGAUCUAACCGCCAAUGCUCAGCAACACCACCAGCAACAGCAACAGCCCUUCUCACCGAUGAACAUCGCACUGCUCAGUCUGAGCAACAACAGCUCCCCGCGACACAGUCCGCAAUCCUCGAGUCUGAGCGACUCAGCUCCCGCUUGCAGUCCACCGCUUCACGACAGUGUCCUGUCCUCCUCAUCAGCAGCAUCAUCGCAGGAGAACAACUUGAACAGCAUGAAAACCGUCAUGCAAUCGGCCAGUCCGCUCGCUGCGGUACCCGAGGUAUCGGGCCUGGGCUCGCGAGACAACCCUGUGCGAACAUCGUGGAGACGAUCAUCCAAUGCGCCGCGCGGUGGCUCCAAACCCAGUAUCGCGGCCGCGACGGGCUUUCGUCAGCCCCUGCCCAUGACCAACACCCAACCUAGUAAUGCAACGAGCCAACCACAGCCAACGCCACAGCAGCAGCAACCUCCACCAGUGUGUGCCUCUCCAAAUCAAGAUCCAUACACAGCAGCAGCAGCAGCAGCAACAGACGGAGUACAAGCAACAGCACAGUCAUCGCAAGAUUGGGACCCGUCACCUCUCCAGCGAGGCAGGUCGUUCUCAGCUCGCUCCGAAGCACGCCGCUCCCACUUCCCACGCCGUUUGAGCAGCGACAACAUCCUAGACUCCACCACACCCGAUCAUUCUUCCCGUCGUCACGGUAGCACCAGCCAGGGCGGCAGCUCUUCGGACGAGUCGCCCAUGGCAACCGUAACCAACAGCAGCCGUGCCGCCGUGUCGUUCAGACCUCGCGCCCGGACCGUGCCCGCGCAACACUUCCAGGAUUUGAAACCCACCACCGGCAAUCACCGUGACAGCGGCGUCUCCAUGACCGGUCUCUAUAGCAACGGUGGCACGUCCGGCUUGUCCGAUAGUCCUCUGAACACGAGCGAUGGCCAAGCAAAGCAAGGCGAUGCCAAGCAGAGGCACCCGUCGGAUACGUCCAGCUCGACAUCAACAAGUCCAGCUAUGGAUAGGUACACUCUGGCUCAGGCAAACUCUGCAGCUGCCGCCGCCGCCGGAGCUGCUGCUUCAAAUAUGGAGAACAGGCUGCCUGUGGCCAGCCCAGUUGGCAUGGUGAUGUCUCCGCAUCGCUCGCUGCACGGCAGCAAGAAGUCGCUGUCUGAGCAGAAGAUGCUCGAAGCUCGCCUCUCGGAACUGGAGGACCGCAACUCGCAGCUACAGAACGAGGUUGUCAAUACGACACGAGCCAUGAGCCAGCUACAAGAUAUCAUUCAGAAGAAGGACAGUGAGGUAACGACAGUCUUGCAGGCAUUCAAAACCAAGGAAGAAGAGUUGGAUCAUAUCUACACCUUGCUGCGCACCGUCGCUCCGAACGACUGGACUCAGGCUCAGGCCAGCGGUGCUCAAACUACGGACGACGUCCCAGUACGACGCGUCAGCUCCCCGCUCGUUGCCCAAAGCUCAGCUGCCGCUGCUGCUAACUACAAGUCGGUGACGUGGGAUGAAUCCAGCAUGACAGUUGCCAUGGCACUGGAAAAGUCAAAGGACAAAAAGAAGAAGAAGUCAUGGAAGCCGUUCAAGCUGGAAUCAUUCCGCAAAGGCAAGAAGAGAACCAGCUCUGGCAGCAACAUCGGCGGAGACGAGAGUGAGAAUAACGAUGAUGUCGCUGAUGAGUCGCCGGCGCACGAACCCGCUCCUCUGUCAGCUGCAGCACAGGAGGAGUUGCAGCGCGUCAGGAAUGAACUUCAGCUUGCCAAGGCUGAGCUGAGCAGAAUGCAGAUCAGCAGCUUGAUCAGCAAGCCGGACGUCGGCAAUCGCGCCGGGGACUUUCCCACGCCUAGUGCGGACAGCAUGACAUCCUCACAGCUGGCAUCCUCAUCAGGCCGUAACUCGCUGGAGAUGUCCUACCUGGAUACGGCCUCCUCGCCCACCAAGACCAGCAGUGACAUGUGUAUGAGUAGCGCCGCGCUGCCCUGUGACUUCUACGUCACCGUGGAUACGCACAGGACCUAUGCAGGCAGGCUGUCGGUUACCAUGGCGUCAACAUGGCCGCAGAUGGACAAGAUGGUCGCCAAGGCGUUGGUGAACCAUGCCAAGGCAAUAGACCCUGUGCAGGCGCUGGGCUUGACCAGGAAAAGCAUGAGGCAGUACCGCAUAGCUGGCAUCGUGAGGAAACCCACCAUGCGUGCGUCGGAGAGCGAGGACGACCUGCUACCCGACGACUUGCUGAGCAGCGAGAGAAGAGCUGAUGUGGAGGUCACGCUGAAAGGUGCAGCAGAUCAUGAUUGUGACGAGCUCGCCUAUAGUACUGUCAUCCCGAAGGCACUACUCAAGAGUUAUCUUAGUCUGGUUGAGGAUCAACCUGUGAUCAUCACGGGGCCAACGUCGUGUGGCAAGUCAUUCCUGGGACGACACCUGCUCAAGCACAUCCUAGCAAGGCAUGGUGCUGAUGUAAGCCAAGCAAUUCUGACGACGUGUCCGCCUAGGAAUAUCACCACACCGCCGCAACUGGAGCAGCAUGUGAAGAAGGUGGUGGAGCACUUUUGCAAAAAGUUCAGUGAGGAGCAGUCGGCAUCUCCCAUCGGACUGUUCAUUGAGGACCUGGACAACACGUCGUGCCUUGAUCGGCAUGCUCUGGCAUCGCUACGUAGAGAUGGCAAGCGAAGGGUGUAUGUCAUCAUCACAGCCAGCAGAUGGCCUGUAUGUAGCAAUGUCAACACCGCUGCUACACGAGUGCGCACUCUCAGCAGCUCCGGAGAACACAUGGAUGCUAGCCAGAAUGAUGACAACACAAGCAACACAGCCAGCAGCCCAUCAUCAUCCUCAACACCAGACUCACAUGCAUCUCUGACCAGCAGUCAGUGUGCCUCCAUCCGACUCGUUACACACCAUGAGCCAGUGAAGGGCUUGCUGGCGCGCUAUCUGAACAAGCGGCGGAUCUCCUUGCAGGCAUGCACCAGUGGUGGAGAUCGUCACACGACCAGUGUCUACGAGUGGCUGCCCAGCGCCUGGGAGCACAUCAACACGUUCCUGCACUCCAUCGUCUCACCGCACGCCGUGCUGGGGCCCUGUCAGUAUCUGACGUGUCCGAGUGACAGCCAGGAGGCGGCACGCUGGUUCAGCAGCCUGUGGAACUUCCACGUUCUGCCGUACGUCAUCGAGGCAGCCACCUGGCCUCUCGCUCCUCCGCUCGUACAGCAGGACUGGUACAGCCCGGUGACCUGGCUGACGGAGUCGUCGCCGUGGAAUAACAUUCAGUAUCGCAACUCCGGCAUCUACCUUACUAACCGCAGCACCAGCAGCACCACCAGCGACCUGUUUGCCAUGGACCCAGCGACGGCGGUGCGGGCAUUGGACCUGGAGACGCUGCGACAGGAGGACAUGCUCUGGCACACGCCUAGAGCGGUCGCCAUUGGCAACCAGCCACCGCUGUCAGCUAUGAACCUGCCGCAUGAACUCUUGCCAAUGGAAAAGAAAAAUGGUUUGAUCCCCGGAACAACUCAAGAAGAUCGCCUUAUGCGGUUGCUGGAACGAGUCGUGAUGACCUCAACCCCACCUCCGAAUUCCAGGUAGCAGCUGACCGAGCCAUGGCCCAAGUUGAGCUGGUCAUGUGAGUGUGGCUAUUCCGGCCUAGCUCCUGUGCAAGGAGAACGGAGCAAUUCACCUAUGACACUGCAGUCUUAUCUAAGACCUUGCCCUCCCUGUGUAAGCAUUAUGCAGGUGCUGAUAUAGCUGCUUGAUUUGAGAUUCUUUUUAACAGCGUUUCUGCUGCAAUUCGUCAUUUUCCAAAACAAUACUUGAAACAACCUGCAGUUCACACUACUUCUCUGCAUGCACACUGCAUUGAAUGAUGAGUGUUCUUCUCCCCGCUUUUGUCACAGUUUCACCAAUACUGGACGCACACGCGCAUGCACGCGUACACACACACACACACACUCACACACAGACACACACAGACACACACACACACACACACACACACACACACACACACACACACACACACACACACACACACACACACACACACACACACAUACCGACUCAUGUCCAUAAAUGUCUAUUGACUGUUCAGCCCAAGAAUUCCUUUCUGCUGAUCUGACACUGAAAAAGCACAAAAGUCUCCGGACUGCACAUUCAUAGACAACGCUUUGUUAGCAUGGCUUAGCCAUACAUGUCACAACCCGAAUCCUUGAGCAACUGCCGGUAAGCUGCCCUGCAGUUGAGAUAUCCAUAUUUGACCCACAGCACAUUUUUUUCCUUAUAUUUUUACUAAUGAUAGAGAGAUGGAGAUUGUGGUUGUCCAUGCUGUGCAUGGUACUCAUACAUUCUCAGUAACCGUAGCAGCCACAGUGCCUGAUAAAUAAAUACUACCCCAGUAGAAUAACAAUAAUCAUGGAUAAAUUUUUUUAAAGAUCAUUUUGAUGUGUAAUCUACCGAUACAGUUCUCUCUAAGCUUGUGCAUGUGAUAAAUAACUACUUGCUAAUGUUGGUAUCAAUAUAAUUAUUAUAACUUC